GAGAAAACAAAAAAGUGACAGGAAAACAAGCUUUUUAUUCCCACACAACUGGAAGAGAAGAAGAAAGAGUGAGAGAGAGUGAGACAGAAGGAGAGAGAUCCUCUUCACCUCUCUCUCCACUUCUUCCUCUUCCUCCAGCAUGUCUCUCCCCGGCUCUCCUCCUCUGCUCCCCGGCUCCGGUGCACCGACUCCGGCUGCUCUCUACCUCUCCUCCAGCCCGGUGCACACCAACACCACCAGCACCACCAGCACCACCAACUCCCACUCCCACUCCCACUCCCUGUCCCCAUCACCACGGCUCACUGGGAGCAUGCUGGGAGCUUUCCUGCCCGGACCAGGGAGCGCACUGGUCGGACUGGGAAACGGUGGUGGAGGAGGUGGAGGAGCUGGAGGAGGAGGAGGUGGUGUUCUUGGUCCUCUCACCAUGGCGCAGAGCUCCAGCAGCCCCGGCCUGUGCAGUGAGUGCAGGCUGGUGGAGGUGCACGGUGUGAAGGUGGCCAGCUUCGGGGUGGACGGCCAGGAGCUCAUCUGCCUCCCUCAGGUGUUCGACCUGUUCCUGAAGCACCUGGUGGGGGGGCUGCACACCGUCUACACCAAGCUGAAGAGGCUGGACAUCGCACCGGUGGUCUGCACCGUGGAGCAGGUGAGAGUCCUGCGGGGGCUCGGGGCCAUCCAGCCCGGGGUCAACCGAUGCAAGCUCAUCUCCAGGAAGGACUUCGAGGUCCUGUACCAGGACUGCACCAGCGCCAGCUCUCGUCCGGGCCGUCCUCCGAAGCGUUGUUCUGGUGCCGGGAUCCAGGAAAGCCCGAGGCUGCUGCACCCGGGCCUCCCCGGCCUGCUGUCCCCCAACCUGCUGUCCCACACCGGCCUGACAGCGGCGGCCAUGGCUGAGCUCCAGAAGCUGCAGAAGAUGAAGAUGAUGAUGAGUCUCCAGAACGGCAACGAGUCGGACAACGACGACCUACACUCCAACACAGGAGGGAGCGAGUGUUCCUGGGACAAGGAGCGUCUGACCAGCCCUCCUGUAGGAGCCCACGGAGGAGGACCAGGAGGUGGAGGAGCACCAGGAGGAGGAGGAGGAGGGAGGGGGCCGUCAAUGGGAGCUGUCAAUCAACAACAACUCCAACAGCAACAACAGCUACUGGCGAACAGGUUGGACCUGCCCUUCAUGAUGAUGCCCCACCCUCUGCUGCCCAUGGGGCUGCCGCCUGCCUCGGUUGCCAUGGCGAUGUCACAGAUGAACCACCUCAACACCAUCGCCAACAUGGCCGCCGCCGCCCAGCAGAUACACACUCACGUACACCGGGCGCCUGUCAUCAAGGAGAGAGUGUGUGACAGUCCCUCUCUCUCUCCAUCUGUUGAUGAGACCAACACUCCUCUGCAGUCGCAGCCCAGCAGCUCGGCCUCCAGCUCGCCCGAAAGACUGGGAUUGGUGUCAGCUGAUGCAGACGUCGCAAUGACCAACCAGACUGCACCCAUCAAGAAAAUAACAAAGGACAAAGAAGACUCCUCGCUGGGUCAAGCCCUGCCCCCUGGCUUUCCUGCUCCGUUCCUAUUUGCUGACGGCCUGUCGUCAGUGGAGACCCUACUCACCAACAUACAGGGCCUUCUGAAGGUGGCGGUGGAGAACGCCCGGGUUCAGGACAAACAGAUCCAGGCGGAGAAGAGAGAGCUGAAGAUGGAGCUCUACAGAGAAAGGGAGAUGAGAGAGAGCCUCGAACGACAGCUCACCUCAGAACUACAGAGCAGAGCCUCCAUCCAGAAGCGUCUGAAGAAGGAGAAGAAGGCCAAGAGGAAGCUGCAGGAGGCGCUGGAGUUCGAGUCGAAGAGGCGGGAGAGAGUGGAGGGAGCUCUGAAACACUCGUCCUCGUCCUCCCCGUCUCCGGAGCCGCUGCACGCCGCCAACAACAACAACAACGACGCUGCUGUAGCCGAGGAUAAACCUGAACUUAAUGGAAACCAGCAAGACAACAGCGCUGUACAAGACUCCCGGUCGUUUCUGAAGAACCCGAUGAUGUUCUAGAAAGACAUGACUCCGCCUCCUGAAGCCCCGCCCCUUUCCCCAUCUCCCCCCCCCACCUCCUGCACAGAAGAACUCCACCAGCCCGCUUCCACGGCAACGACCUCCCCAGGCGGGAUUUGACCUUUUUUUUGAUGUUGCUAUGAAACAAUAAGACUACUAGGAGGACUGAUCUGGACUCACUGGGGUCGUCCCUCUUUCUUCUUCUUCUUCUUCUUCUUCUUCUUCUUCUUCUUCUUCUUCUUCUUCUUCUUCUUCUACUUCUUUUUAGAAAAACUUCACUCCAUUCAUUCCUUCUUCUUCUCUCCCUGCACCGAACUCCUCUCAUCCCUCGUUUAUUCAGAAAAAGAAUAAAUAUCUUAUCUGAGCAAUGAACGGAAGCGCCUGGAUCGGACUUCAACGCGCUUCUCUGAAUGGAUUGGAAGACUUUUCAAAACGCUCCAAUCACACGACGGUUUCCGAUCGGAUUGUUGAAGACAAGAUUGGGUUUAUGAAAAGACUAAAUGUUCUUAAAAAGGAAUUAAAAAAAAGAUUCAAACCCACCCCCCACCCACAUCUGGAACGCUGAUCGGAGGAGCCCAGGACUAGAGGAGGGGAUUAAAAAAAAGGAUAUAAAACAAUGUUAAGAAGGGGAUAAAAACAACUUGGGAUUCUAUUUCUGUCUCUCAAAGUUUAAUUCAUUUUUUUGUUUCCAUACAGGGACUGAAAAGAAUGCAUGGGAAAACUGUUCUUAUGUCGUCAUUCGGCUUAUUUUACCCUCCGUACACUCCUCACCCUCAACUCUUUACUUUCUAUAAAUGAGCUCCUCUUAUAUCUCUUGCUCCUCCCUAUAUCUAUAUUUUCCCCCUUCUCUCUCUCUCUCUCUCUCUCUCUGUAAGGAGGCAUUACUCUGAAUAUGUUGGAUGCAGCUUUUCAAUGUAUGAAGUCUUUUCUAUCACCCUUAAUAACCUGUGAAAUCAGUUUCUCAAAUGAUGCAAAUGUCUAAAAGAAAAAAACGACUAAAAAAAAAAAACUUUUUUAUUAAAAUGGAGUGAUUUUU